UGUGGGUGAUUAAUAUUAAUCAUUUGAAGUUAAUUUGAAUAACACCUGUUAUCUGUGGCUUUGAGUCAACGGUUCUCUUGAGCACCACAUUUGAAUUUCAUUACCGCUUUUGUUAUGACCACAGGCUCUACAUGAUUAAUCCCGUGACAUCUAAUGAGUGGCAGACAAACAAAUACCUACUACAACACAAAUGGUGGGUUUUGUGCCUAAUAGGAGUAGUUUACAAAUGCUUCAGUUACAACACAUUUUAGCUACAGACCUUUUGUAUUCUAAUAGCCCACAUUAACUUCUAGUUUUGAAUGUGAUUAUCAUAUUAUUUUUAUGUUUAUUACAGGAUUGUGGGUCUUUAUCUCGAGCAGGAGUGAUUUUUCUUGGAUACCUCACUGUGUGUUUUGAUUAUAUUUAGCAUAUGAAUGCUUGGUGAGAAAGCAACGGCACCCAGGCUCAGUUGGCAAGGUUACACUAAUUAAAUUGGAUGUAUUCUCAUGUAUAUUUUCGUGUACAGUUCACAAUGUGUCAUAUGUGCCUCCAUAAACUGACUCUGACACUUAUAACCGUAUAAUAUUUAAGAGAUGGACAGUUCACAUAACAAACUGUAGCUCUCCUUGUAGAAAUAAUAGAUAUCUAUUAGUGGUGCUUAGACUCACGACUGAGGUGCGCGCAGGUUUCCAUAGAAGUCUGGUGGCUAUCUGGGCAUCACGUGUCUAUGUGUGACAAUUUAUUAUCAUUCACGAUUAGAGAGGAUAGUAUAGGCUCAUAAUGCAGCGCCAUGUCCGAUAUUGUGGAUUUUGUUGAUUUGUGAAUUGUUGCUUUGUCAUUCCUUUAAUGAAAAGUCGUCGCAAUAGUACAGUGUAACGCCUGGUUACACAUUUGUGGCCAAUGCGUCCAUGCGUAGCUCAGGCAGGGAGGAUGCUGGUGUUGAGAGAGACAACCAGUUGCUCUCCAGCUGUCACAGUAAAAGUGGAGCCUCCCCUACGCACAGACGGAUGAACAUCCUCGACCUGUUGCCUCGGCGGGAAGAAAAGUAAAGCAGCAAUUUGACGGUUGCCAAAAACGAAAGAAGUUAAUUUUUUUUUCUGUUUAGGAGAGAGGACGAAGACGAUGCCAUGAGCUGUAUCAAUGUGUUCGUUAUUAAUGUCCGUUUUGAAUAGCCGAGGGAAGAGGAACGGAGUUGGUUUUGGGGAUUCCACCUCCUCGGCGUGGAGGUGCGGUUUGCGGUGAUUUCUGUCUCUUUCUCUGGGUUCUGAGAAGGAGGACAAUGGUCGAACUGGAGAAGGAGGUGCUCCCGCUGCCACCUCGGUACCGGUUCCGAGACCUGUUGCUCGGAGACUGGCAGACCGACGACAGGGUGCAGGUAGAGUUCUAUGUGAAUGAAAACACUUUCAAGGAGCGCCUCAAGCUGUUCUUCAUCAAAAACCAAAGAUCCAGUCUGCGAGUGCGAAUGUUUAACUUUUCUCUGAAAGUGCUGAGCUGCCUCCUCUACAUUGUCAGAGUCUUAUUGGACAACCCGCAAGAGGGAAGACAGGACUGUGUGAAUGGAGUGAACUGCACCAAACAAAACACAUCAUCCCGUCCCUGGAGUGAGUUUGAUUGGAAACUGAUCAUCUGGGUGGAUAGACCUCUACCGCUGUGGGCCCUGCAGGUGCUUGUGGCUUUUAUCAGCUUUUCAGAAACAAUGUUGCUUGUGUAUCUCAGCUACAAGGGCAACGUUUGGGAGCAAGUAUUACGUGUCCCCUUCAUUCUGGAGAUGAUCAGCGCUGUCCCUUUCAUGAUCACUGUGAUAUUGCCGUCCUUCAGAAACCUCUUCAUCCCCGUAUUUCUCAAUUGCUGGCUGGCCAAACACGCUUUGGAGAAUAUGAUAAAUGAUCUCCACAGGGCAAUCCAGCGGACACACUCAGCCAUGUUUAACCAGGUGGUGAUACUCAUCAGCACGCUGGUCUGUCUCAUGUUUACGUGUAUCUGCGGUAUCCAACACCUCGAACGUGCAGGCAACAACCUGACCCUGUUUGACUCACUCUACUUCUGUGUGGUCACCUUCUCUACGGUGGGCUUUGGAGAUGUCACACCUCAGAUCUGGCCCUCACAGCUCCUGGUGGUUAUCAUGAUCUUUGUAGCACUCAUCGUGCUUCCCAUCCAGUUCGAGCAGCUGGCCUUUCUGUGGAUGGAGCGGCAGAAGUCUGGGGGGAACUACAGCCGCUACAGGGCGCAGACGGAGAAACACGUGGUGCUGUGUGUCAGCUGUCUCAAGAUCGACCUCCUCAUGGACUUCCUCAAUGAGUUCUUUGCCCACCCCCGAUUACAGGACUACUAUGUGGUGAUCCUUUGUCCAGCAGAGAUGGAUGUCCAGGUUAGGAGGGUCCUUCAUGUCCCUCUGUGGGCACAGAGAGUGAUCUACCUGCAGGGUUCUGCCCUUAAAGACCAAGACCUGAUGAGGGCUAAGAUGGACGAUGCUGAGGCCUGCUUUAUCCUCAGUAACCGGUUUGAAGUGGACCGCAUUGCUGCUGAUCAUCAGACCAUCCUUCGAGCCUGGGCAGUAAAAGACUUUGCUCCAAAUUGCCCCCUGUACGUCCAGAUUCUCAAGCCAGAGAACAAGUUCCAUGUCAAAUUUGCAGAUCAUGUGGUGUGUGAAGAAGAGUUUAAGUACGCCAUGCUGGCUUUAAACUGUGUGUGCCCUGGUACCUCGACACUCAUCACUCUAUUGAUCCACUCUUCCAGAGGACAAACGGCGCCCCAAGAGGCCUUCAAGCAACGUGUAGGAGCCUUUCAAGCCCUGAACAGGGAGGGCGGUGCAUGUUCGGCUGACCAAUGGCACCGAACCUACCGGCGCUGCUCAGCCAAUGAAGUGCAUCACAUCCGCCUGGAGGAAAGUAAAUUCUUCGGGGAAUACCAGGGAAAGAGUUUCACCUUUGCCUCCUUUCAUGCUCACAAAAAGUAUGGAGUAUGUCUGAUCGGAGUGCGCAGAUUGGACACCACCAACAUCCUGCUGAACCCUGGACCCUGCCACAUCAUGGGGGGCUCUGACACAUGUUUUUACAUCAAUAUCUCCAAAGAGGAGAACUCAGCAUUUGUCAGGGGGCAGAGGGAGCCAUCGUGGGGCGGUAGCGGAGGAAAUGCCAGGGGAGUGCACCAAACUAUCUACCAUGGACUCACUCGCCUGCCAGUCCACAGUAUCAUCGCCAGCAUGGGCACGGUGGCCAUAGACCUCCAGGACUCCAGUGACAGCAGCCCAGAAGGCCAGGACCCAGGGAGCACCGGACUGGGCAGUGGAAAAGGAAGCAGAAGCAGCUCCAGGACAGAGAUGGGUGGCGCUAACACUUUGGCCCUGCCUGCCAUGGGAGACUCAGCUGAGGAAAGGCGGCACAGCAUCGCCCCUGUCCUGGAGCUGGUGGACGGCGUCAACAACCCCACCUUUGAUCUGCUGGGAGACCAGUCAGAGGACGAGGCAGGGGAAGAGGGCAAGGAGGACAGUGACAAAGAUGAGAGUGCCCACUGGUGGGGUCGACACAGCGAGUGGGUGAAGGGAUACCCACUGAACUCUCCAUACAUUGGCAGCUCGCCUACGCUGUGCCACCUUCUUCAGGAAAAGAUGCCUUUCUGUUGCCUGCGCAUGGACAAGGCUUGUCAUCACACUCUUUUUGAGGAUGCCCGCUCCUACGGCUUCAAAAACAAACUGAUCAUUGUGUCCGCGGAGAGUGCAGGGAAUGGUUUGUACAACUUCAUUGUACCUCUACGGGCCUACUACCGACCCAGGAAGGAGCUUAACCCCAUCGUCCUGCUGCUGGAGAGCAUACCUGAAGCAGACUUCCUGGAGGCAAUCUGUUGGUUCCCCAUGGUGUUCUACACAGUGGGCUCCAUCGACAAUCUAGACAGUUUGCUGCGAUGUGGAGUGACUUUCGCCAACACCAUGGUUGUGGUUGAUAAGGAGAGCUCCAUGAUUGCAGAGGAGGACUACAUGGCUGAUGCAAAGACCAUAGUCAAUGUCCAGACCCUGUUCAGACUGUUCCCAGCUCUUAGUAUUAUCACAGAGCUCACCCACCCAGCCAACAUGCGCUUUAUGCAGUUCAAAGUCAAAGACCACUACUCUCUGGCUCUGUCCAAACUGGAAAAGAAGGAAAGGGAGAAGGGGUCCAACCUAGUGUUCAUGUUCCGCCUGCCGUUUGCUGCAGGGAAGGUUUUCAGUGUCAGCAUGCUGGACACUCUGCUCUACCAGUCAUUUGUGAAGGACUACAUGAUCUCCAUCACCAGGCUGUUGCUGGGUUUAGACUCCAUGCCUGGCUCGGGUUUCCUCUGUGCAAUGAAGAUCACAGAGGAUGACCUGUGGAUCCGCACCUACGGCAGGCUCUACCAGAAACUGUGCUCCUCCAACGGAGACAUUCCCAUUGGCAUCUACCGGACAGAGGCACAUAAGCUUCCAGUCUCUGAGUCCCAGGUAUCCAUCACAGUGGAAGACUACGAGGACACCAGAGAACCCAGGGAGCCUCUGCUGUCCCGGACCGGAGCUCAUCGUAACUCCACCUCUUCAGAACCUAUCUCCACUUCUUCCCACUCCUCAGACCACCCACUGCUCAGGAGGAAGAGCAUGCAGUGGGCACGGCGGCUAAGCAGGAAGGGGGGUCGGGGCUCCAGUGCAGCCAAGGGGGGUCCAGGCAGCGCAGCGGAGAGGAUCAGCCAGCAGAGGCUGACCCUGUUCAGGCGCUCAGAGAGGCAAGAACUCAACGCCCUGGUGCGAACGAGAAUGAAACAUCUGGGCCUUUCACCAACUGGAUUCAAUGGGAUGACAGACCAAGGGAAUAGACUGUCUUAUAUCCUCAUCAACCCUUCUCCAGACACCAGAUUGGAGUUGCACGAUCUUGUAUACCUGAUUAGACCAGAUCCCCUCUCUCUGGUACCCAAUCAGGGCAGCAACAGAAAGUGCAGCGCCGGGCUCUCAGAGAGCCACAGGUUUGAUACACAGGACAGCACCCAUCUGUGAGAGACAUAAAAGGACAAAUAUACUGUCAAAACACUGCCAGAGAGAGGAGAAACAACAAAACACUCACGAGAGAGAGAGGGGGGGAGAGAAGUAACAAUCAAGACUUGGUGAGACGUAAAGGGAUGCAGCCAGAUGGCUCCAUGUUCCGUCUCAAUGAACUCAGAAGUGUCAGACAUGCAUGGACCUUUUCUAUAACAAUGGGAAUGUUUUAUUUAUGCACCUUCCUAUUUUCAAAGUGGAGAGCUGCGGACACAGAAGUGCAUUUAAUGAAAAACUGUAUGUAUUUAUAUCUGUGUAUGUGCAUGUUAUGUUCUGCAUCAUGUAUGUGCAGUGUGUAUGUGUUUAGGUGUGUGUGUGUGUGUGUGUGUGUGUGUGUGUGUGUGUGAAUGAGUGUGUGUGUGUAUGCUUAUGGAACAAGAGCAAGACACUGCCAAUUUUAUCUGGACAGCCAAAGGAAAUCUGCUGCCAAAUGAAAGCCAGAAAGUUUUUUUUGUGUCCUUUUCUGUGUCGUAGGUGUGUUUUGUCACACUCAAUGUUGUUUGACGUAUUUGGAAGUGACACUACAGUGCACACACAAGAGGUUUUUUUUUUUUCUUUCUUUCUUUCUUUCUUUCUUUCUUUCUUUCUUUCUUUCUUUGGGGGGUCUUCAUAAAGCCUUUUAGAAACGAUUUACCUGUUGCUUACACAGUCAAACGCACACAUUCGUUUUACGCUCACCAGCAGCCGAGGAAUCCAAAGAGCACUGGUCUCAAUAAUGGACAUAAGUAGAGAGCCAGCAUUCAUCGUCAGUGCAGGGCAUUCAGUCACAUCGCUGUCUGAAGUAUUUUACUGUCUUGAGUUACGUGAAAUCAAUCUGUUCCUGAGUUUAGUGUUAAGUCAGUCAGUGUGAGCCGUCAUACUGCCAGCUUGCUUUUGCUGGCAUACAUGUUAGAGACGCAGGUGAUGGACAGGAUAACGGGAACAUAUAUCGUAAUAUUAUGCCAUCCAGUAAAUCCAAAUCCAAUAAAUACGACCUGUUAAUUCAGCUCUUAGUUUUAAAACUCAUUUAUAAGCUGUAUUUAUUGCACACUGCAAUAAAUAUCCACGUUUUCAAGUCAUUAGCUAAUUAAGAAUUAAAAUGUAUCAUAGUUUGUUUUUCAGCCAGAGUGAUCAGCCAGUUUCAGCCAGCCAAAUGUGCCAUCUGAGUGAGAUCAUUCUGCUUGUUUUUUUUUGUUUUUUUCCAGCCGAGUCUAGAUUUUCAGUUGUUUAAAGAAACGUGAGAUCUGUUGUAAAUUACUUGUUAGGGUGGACAUUAAUACCGUUUGUUCACCAAGGAUUUGCAAGGCUCUGUAAAAUCUUUUGCCAGAAAUUCAGAAUGUGCCAUUUCACACAGAUAUGGUGCAGCCAUGUUGUUGUGGGAAUGCUAUCCGGCAUCCCUGCCAACACCACUCCUGUAGCUUUAGUGUCAAUAUAACAGAUGAAAAUAUGUAUAUAUUAAAGUCAGUCAUUAUAGCUUGUCAUUGCUUUAUUGCUGUUGUGGUGUCAAUUUGUGAAGCUAUAACCAGAUUUCACUAGAUUCAUAAUUUUAGAUAAUUGUGUGAUGGCUGUGUAGUUUUUAACGCACACAUUCCUGAGCUAUUUUUGCUUCAAUACAUCAGCGCCGUGUAUGACUCAUGCUAAAUGGCUCCGAGCCAAAUGCUGGAGCUCUAAUGUGAACACUAGACCUCCAGUAUUUGACUUGGAGACUCUUCAUGUGUGUACUGUUG